AUGAAAAUGCUUUGCUGGAGGAUGGCACUGUGGCUGGCCGGGUGGACUGUCUGUGGGAAGCCUCCCUCCUGCUCUGGCCUUGAUUAUGACUACACUUACGAUUUCACCGAAGAGGAUAAAGCUGAGGCGAUAGAUUAUAAGGACCCUUGCAAAGCCGCUGUCUUUUGGGGAGAUAUUGCCUUAGAUGAUGAAGACUUAAAAAUCUUUCAAAUUGACAGGACGAUUGACCUUACGCAGCACUCCAACGAAAGACUUGGCCAUAACACAGGUGGCUUUGGAGAGCAUGGAAUAUCAAAAAAACGAGGUGCCCUCUAUCAGCUUAUAGACAGGAUAAGAAGAUUUGGCUCUGGCUUUGAGCAAAAUAAUACAUCUAAAGGAAGAACUACUGUAAAAUUCUCAGGGAAAAAUGAGAAAAACCGAUUUCCCAGAGCUGCUACAUCACGAACAGAAAGAAUAUGGCCAGGGGGUGUCAUUCCAUAUGUAAUAGGUGGAAAUUUCACUGGCACCCAGCGCGCCAUGUUCAAACAGGCUAUGCGGCACUGGGAAAAAUACACAUGUGUUACAUUUAUUGAACGGAGUGAUGAAGAAAGUUAUAUUGUAUUUACAUACAGACCAUGUGGAUGCUGUUCUUAUGUGGGUCGAAGGGGAAAUGGUCCUCAGGCUAUAUCUAUUGGCAAGAACUGUGAUAAAUUUGGUAUAGUUGUCCAUGAGUUGGGUCAUGUGAUAGGUUUUUGGCACGAACAUACACGACCAGACCGUGAUGACCAUGUCACCAUCAUUAGAGAAAACAUCCAGCCUGGUCAGGAAUACAACUUCUUGAAGAUGGAGCCUGGAGAGGUGAACUCACUUGGGGAACCGUAUGACUUUGACAGCAUUAUGCACUAUGCCAGGAACACCUUCUCAAGGGGCAUGUUUCUGGAUACCAUUCUCCCUUCCCGUGAUGAUAAUGGUAUACGACCUGCCAUUGGCCAGCGUACUCGUCUAAGUAAAGGAGAUAUUGCACAGGCAAGAAAGCUGUAUAGAUGUCCAGCCUGUGGAGAAACACUGCAGGAAUCUACAGGCAACUUUUCUUCUCCAGGAUUUCCAAAUGGUUAUCCUUCCUACACACACUGCAUAUGGAGAAUCUCUGUGACCCCAGGCGAGAAGAUUGUUUUAAACUUCACUACCAUGGACCUUUACAAGAGCAGUCUCUGUUGGUACGACUAUAUUGAAGUAAGAGACGGCUACUGGAGAAAAUCACCUCUGCUUGGCAGGUUUUGUGGUGACAAACUGCCAGAAGUCCUCGCAUCCUCCGACAGCAGGAUGUGGAUCGAGUUCCGCAGCAGCAGCAACUGGGUUGGGAAAGGUUUUGCAGCAAUUUAUGAAGCUAUCUGUGGAGGUGAAAUCCACAAAAACGAAGGCCAGAUCCAGUCUCCCAAUUAUCCCGAUGACUACAGACCAAUGAAGGAAUGUGUGUGGAAAAUAACAGUGUCAGAAAACUACAAUGUAGGAUUAACCUUUCAAGCAUUUGAGAUUGAAAGACAUGAUAACUGUGCAUAUGACUACUUGGAAAUCCGAGAUGGAACGAAUGAGAACAGUCCUUUAAUUGGUCACUUUUGUGGCUAUGACAAGCCGGAAGACAUUAGAUCUACCUCUAAUACUCUGUGGAUGAAGUUUGUUUCUGAUGGAACUGUUAACAAAGCAGGAUUUGCAGCUAACUUUUUUAAAGAGGAAGAUGAAUGUGCCAAACCUGACAAUGGUGGCUGUGAGCAGCGCUGCGUAAAUACUCUGGGCAGUUACCAGUGCGCCUGUGAUCCUGGCUAUGAACUUGGUCCUGACAAAAAGAGUUGUGAAGCUGCUUGCGGAGGACUCCUGACAAAGCUAAAUGGGACUAUAACCACACCAGGGUGGCCCAAAGAGUAUCCUCCAAACAAAAACUGUGUGUGGCAGGUGGUUGCCCCAACGCAAUACCGAAUUUCAAUGAAGUUUGAGUUUUUUGAGUUAGAAGGGAAUGAAGUUUGCAAAUACGAUUAUGUGGAGAUUCGUAGUGGCCUUUCUUCUGAUUCUAAACUACACGGUAAAUUCUGCGGUACAGAAGUGCCUGAAGUUAUCACCUCUCAGUAUAACAACAUGCGAAUUGAGUUCAGAUCUGACAACACUGUGUCAAAAAAAGGCUUCAAGGCACACUUCUUCUCAGACAAGGAUGAGUGUUCGAAGGACAAUGGUGGCUGCCAGCACGAGUGCAUCAACACGGUAGGAAGCUAUGUUUGCCAGUGCCGAAAUGGAUUUGUGCUACAUGAAAACAAACAUGACUGCAAGGAGGCUGAGUGUGAACAGAAGAUCCAUAGUCCCAACGGCAUCAUCACGAGUCCCAACUGGCCCGACAAGUAUCCCAGCAGAAAGGAGUGCACGUGGGAAAUCAGUGCCACCCCUGGGCAGAGGGUCAAAUUGACCUUCAAUGAAUUUGAGAUAGAACAACAUCAAGAAUGUGCUUAUGACCACUUGGAAGUGUUUGAUGGUGAAAGUGAAAAAUCACCAAUUCUGGGACGCUUAUGUGGCAAUAAGAUACCAGAUCCUCUUACUGCUACUGGAAACAAAAUGUUUCUCCGCUUUAUUUCUGAUGCUUCAGUUCAAAGAAAAGGCUUCCAAGCAACGCACUCUACAGAGUGUGGUGGUCGGCUGAAAGCUGAAACCAAGCCCAAAGAUCUGUACUCGCAUGCUCAGUUUGGUGAUAACAACUAUCCAGUUCAGGCGGACUGCGACUGGCUACUGGUGGCAGAGCGCGGCUAUCGAGUUGAGUUAAUGUUUCAGACUUUCGAGGUUGAAGAAGAGGCAGACUGUGGUUACGAUUACGUGGAGCUCUUUGACGGUCAUGAUAAGACAGCUGUGAGACUUGGUCGAUUUUGUGGAUCUGGGCCACCAGAAGAAAUUUAUUCAGCAGGGGAAGCUCUUUUACUUCACUUUCACACUGAUGAUACAAUCAACAAGAAAGGAUUUCAUAUACGAUACAGAAGUAUAAAAUAUCCAGAUAGCGUGCACACCAAAAAAUAACACAAGAACCUCUAUGCCAGAAAAGGAGAGUGAGAAAGAAAGAACGCACAGUGGAAAGGAAGGAAGGUGUGUCUUUUUUUUUUUAAACUGAAG